UUCAAAGUUGGUUCGACCUAUUGCAUAAGUGCUUUCGUUACUAUGAUUGGCACACCUCAAAUGUUAGUAACUCAUAUACCCUUGGCCGGUGCUGAUUCUUGCGCUGCACUUAUUAGAUCAACCGACAGUAGUUUCGCAGAUCAGGUAAAGUAUAGUAGUUUCGCAGAUGAGCAGAUCAGUAUUGUAGUUUCGCAGAUUAGUAUAGAUGAAAUUAUAGCAGAUG